AAAAUACACCGAUACCGGAAAGGAACCAAUCACUUUAGGGGAGUGUGAUGGGCACGGUCCCGAGAGCCAAUCAUAGCCGAGUCUAUAGGGUCAUGUGUCCUGUGAGGGGCGGGGCCGAAGCUAGUGUUUAGUUGCUGUCAUAUAUAUAGACGUGCUGCAUAGUCCCCGAAGCUACAAGCUACGCCUCUGAUCCUGGUUAUUACGUAGAGUCACGCAGCGCCAUGUCUCCCCCAGCGGCUGAAACGCAGAGGCAGGAGGUGAGAAGGAAGGAAGAAACGCGUACCGGGUACACCUAUGAAGAAUACAAGCACAGUGCAGAAUGGCUCUUGUCCAAGACAGAGCAUCGUCCUACAGUGGCCAUUGUAUGUGGCUCUGGACUUGGAGGUUUGGGUGAACUCCUGAAGGAUCAGGUGGCUUUCAACUACAGUGACAUUCCCAACUUCCCUCACAGUACAGUUCCUGGACAUGCUGGACGUCUUAUAUUUGGAAAUUUGAAUGGAAAGCCAUGUGUGUGCAUGCAGGGACGGUUUCAUGCCUAUGAGGGUUACCCACUGUGGAAGGUUACAUUUCCAAUACGGGUUUUUCACCUGAUUGGGGUUGAAACGGUCAUUCUCACCAAUGCUGCUGGAGGAUUGAACCAAGAUUAUAAAGUAGGGGACAUUAUGGUGAUUAUGGAUCACAUAAAUAUGCCAGGAUUUGCUGGACAGAAUCCACUCACUGGUCCUAAUGAAGAAAGGUUUGGACCACGGUUUCCUGCAAUGUCUGAUGCUUACGAGAAGGGCCUAAGGAAGCUGGCUUUGGCUGUUGGAGAAGAGCUGGGAUUCUCAGAGAAGAUAAGGGAAGGAGUGUAUUGUAGCCUUGGAGGACCCAAUUUUGAGACCAUAGCUGAAUGUAGAUUCCUUAAUAGCCUUGGAGCUGAUGCCGUUGGUAUGAGUACUGUACCAGAAGUAAUUGUGGCCAGACAUUGUGGUCUCAGAGUUUUGGGCAUGUCCCUCAUUACAAACAAAGCAGUGAUGGACUACAACAGUGAAGCCACGGCAAACCAUGAAGAGGUUCUCCAGGCUGGAAAAGACAGUGCCAAAUUCUUAGAGAAGCUGGUAUCUCGUCUGCUCCAGCGCAUUGAGCUAAACAAUAAUGUGUUCUAGAUGGUGUGUGAGGAUGCAGAAGGCAGUGGCACUCCAUGCCUUUUGCAUUCAUAAAUAUUGGCAAUUGCCAAGUAAAUGUAGUCUCUUCUAAAGUUAGGGACCCAUCACAAUUCUCUACACAUUUCUGUACCCAGCAGACCACAUAACUGGCUCUAUUAUUUUCACAUCAAAACACAUUCCUCCUCUGCUUGUUCUCAGAUCCUUUAGCACAGGUAUCUGAAAUUAUAUACAUGUUGUAAGCAUCUUUUAUUGUAGAUAUCUGUAUUUAUAAAUGCAUAAACUUCACCUCUCAUUGUACAAUGGCAUUGUUACAUUGAAAUUUGACCAAGGAUACUUUGUCAUGUUACUAUUGUAUCAUUAUUAAUGCUAUUUAUCUUUGUUACUUUUAUCUAUUUGAGUACAUGUUACAUUUUUUAAUGAUCUUCCAUUAAUUAUGAACACAUACAAUAGUUAAAUUUUAUUAGAUAAAGCCUUAUAAUAUAUUGUGUUGCUUAGGAACACAUAGAAUACCUAGAGGCUUCAACAGACAUAUGGUAUUGUAUUUUAUUUUCUAAUAUUAAAUGCACUGCAUGGGUGCCUGGCUUCGGGAUCAAACUGAAAUUAAAUACUGAAAAGAAAAUCUACAGUAGAUAUAUGUAACAAUACUAGGGCUUAGUGAUCUUUAGAACUAUGGAAAACAGUGCUGGUACAUUUUAGGGUAUUUUCUUUAGUUAUAUGGGUCCAAACAGGGGUCAAGUUCUUGGGGAAUGAAGUGUGGGAACUCACCCAAGAUUUCCACUCAAGCGCUGGUCCUGCAGGACUUCUGCUAAUGGGAACUGUGUUUCUGCCAUGGAAAAAGUGCAGGAACUCAGUUCCCACGGGUUUCUGCAGGACUUGAGCCCUGGGUCCAAAAUGUUGUCCCACUCAUAAAAAGAGUAGUUGCCUGUUUACAUGAUGUUUUUAUAAUCCGAUUGUUAUGAAAAAGAUGUCAUAUUGUAUGAAUUUAGUCUUAAAAUACUGUAGAGUUUGGUACUGUACAAAUAUCACACUGCUUCUUACUAGACGGUACUCGAAGGCCAGGAUCACACAUGGCAGUUUGGUGCAGUUAUUCAUAAACUUUGUUGGUUUAGUUUUUUCUUGCUUAGCCGUAUACAAUUAUAUAUAUAUAUAAUCUAUCUAUCUCUUGUUUUGGUUUAUUUAAACAAACUUUUUAGUGUGUGAGCCUGGCCUAAGGGCCAUAGUGACCUGUUUGGCACAGACGUUGUAAAGGAAAGCAGUAAUACCCCUUACCUAAGUACUGUACUCAUUAACUCACUCCUUCAGUCUGCACUAUAUAAAAACAGAUUUACAGAGGAUUUUAUUCUGUAACACAUCUCUAGCUUUAUGUGUAUUGCUAAAAAUGGUUGUUUCUUGACAUUCCUACUCCAUCUGAUAUAUACCUCUGUACUUUGUAUAUAACUUUUUGUAGAAAGCUUAAAUAAAAUAACAAUGGAACUUA